UCUUUGAAGCCAUUCUUCUGAAAAAGACAAAGGGCCCUAAACACCAACUAUACAGGAGGGAAUAAGACCUGAAGACCUACUAUAAGCCUUUGUCUCCCCCUCAUAUGCAUGGACACAAGUUUCAUAUUUUGACCAUGAUUCUGUGGAUGGCCCUGUCUAUAAGCUUCAUCCUUUUCACUCAAAGCAUUGACACUGAAAGAAGCAAUAACUAUGUUGUUGUUGAUGGAAAAAUCAACUUAACAUUUCAUUGCAACGUUAGUGAAGCAAAGGAGGUAUUCAAGGUAGCUUUGAAAAAGGGGCUUAGUAAAAAAAAGACUAUCUGUGAAGGAUCGUUCAACUCUUCCCACCUGCCAUUCCAGCACCACAACUGUUGGGUCACGCCUACAGAAAGCAGUGUCACAUUUUCUCUAUGGGACCUGACUGAGAAUGAUACUGACAUUUAUUACUUCCACAAAGAAGAGAUGUACCCACCUCCCUAUACAUCCAAUGAUGACAAUGGCACCAUCAUUCGUGUGAAAGGUAACAGAUGUUCUUCCAUCAUCAUCAUUCAUGUGAAAGAAAAUGUGUUGCCAAAAAGUAUUCCAGUGCAACUGCUGUCCCCUUGGCCUAUGCUUGCUACAGUUGUAUUAGCAGUAUAUAGCACUUGUAUCACGGUAGCAUUUUUUUACGUUUUGAAAAAAGAAAGGAAAACAAGGAUUUCACAGAGUGAAUACAUUAAUGUUGUCCCACGUUGGCCAAAGCAUCACCAGCAAUGCAUUCCAGCUCCAAAGCACUCUCAAGCUCAUUGACUGCUAUUUAAGAUGACCUGAUGUAAAAUAUAAAAAUGGUUUAGGGACUGCUUAACCAACAUUGCAGCAGCUUGUGGUAUCUGGAUAACUGUACAUGACUAUGGAAUCUAUUUUUUUCUCCGGUUUCUCUUGAUAACUAGAUUGAUAUUGAGAUAAAGAUAGUAACAGAUAGUAACAAAUGCUGAUUUGAUUAAUAAACAUUAAUAUUAUUGUUAUGGA